AUUUGUUCUGUGCUGAUUGUUUUAAAGGAUUUUGCCUCCAUCAACAGAAAAGUGGAGGGGAUAACUUUUUGGAAUUCAGCCUAGGGCUUCCUCUUUGACGUUUCCCCCACUCCUGGCUUGCACACUCUCUCCCUCUUUCCCUGAGGAAAGGCCUAUACUUAAGAGGGUUGAUUUAUCCUGAGGAAUUCAGUGCAUAAAGCCUUAACCACUGUCAUAGUGUCACUCAUGAUGUACAGCUUCAUGGGAGGGGGCCUUUUUUGUGCCAUUGUGGGGAACAUCCUGUUGGUGGUCUCCACAGCCACAGACUACUGGAUGCAGUACCGUCUGUCUGGCAGCUUUGCCCAUCAGGGCCUGUGGAGGUACUGCAUGUCUGGCAAGUGCUAUAUGCAGACUGACAGCAUUGCCUACUGGAAUGCCACUCGUGCUUUCAUGAUCCUCUCUGCCAUGUCAUGCUUUGCUGGCAUCAUCGCAGGAAUCCUCUCCUUUGCCCACUUCUCAGCCUUUGAGAGGUUCAACCGCUCAUUUGCUGCUGGGAUCAUGUUCUUUGUUUCAACUCUCUUUGUUCUGCUUGCAAUGGCCAUUUACACCGGGGUGACAGUGAACUUCCUGGGCAAGCGCUUUGGUGACUGGCGCUUCUCUUGGUCCUACAUACUAGGUUGGGUGGCACUGCUCAUGACCUUCUUUGCAGGUAUAUUCUACAUGUGUGCCUACAGAAUGCAUGAGUGUAGAAGAGUGGCUGGCCCACGUUAAAGUUAACUGGAAAUAAUGUGUCAAGAGUGCAAAGGAUAUCAAUUCCAGUUUAAAAAGAGAAGAAUUCUGUAAAAUAAUAAAAUUUGGAAUUUUGCAUAUGCAA